GCAAGGGGGGAAAGGAGCUGCAGGCUACCCGGCUAGUGGGGUAACAGAUGUGGGCACAGAGGUUUGUAGCCCCUGGGAAAGGAGCCUGUAGCCAAGCGAUGCUUGCGUGCCUGGGGAGCUCUCAAGCUAGCGUCAGGGUGGAGGCUGGCAAGCCGGGAUCCCCAGCCCGGAUGGGCUCAGGACGCACGGUGUCUCUGCUGUCACCCAGGACAGCCCCCAGGGAGGGGUGGAAAUGCAAACGCCAGCUCUGGGAUCCCUUCUCCCAGGGCACCCACUCUGCCCCUGGUUUAGCUGCUGCUCACCAUUGGGCACAGGCUUCCCAUGGGCACGUGCCAAGCACAUCUGACCUCCCCCAUCCAGCUCCGGGGGCCACUAGCCUGGCAGGACCAGCACUGGGGGGCUCGGGAUGUCUGGGGAUGAGGGGGUUUGGGAUCUGGGGGCACUGGGAGGAGGAUGCCAGGCCCCAAGCGGGACAGCGCCUGGCACCUCUGGGACUGCCCCUGGCCUGCUAACCUGCUCUGCUCCGCAACUCGCCAGCCCGGAGCCGCCCCCGCCAUGUCCGACACCACCAAGCCCGCUGCCCCCAGCCAGGCGGUCAAUGACAAGGACAAAGCGGUGCUGGCCCCGGCACCCGUCGCAGACCCCAUCCCCGUGUCCAACAGCAAAGGAGAAGACUCUGCUCUGGAAGGCUUCAGCAUUGUCGUCUUCGAGCAAGAGAACUUCCAGGGCAAGAAGAUGGAGUUCACGGCUGAGUGCCUGAACCUGGGCGAGCGCGGGUUCGACCGGGUGCGCAGCGUUAUCAUCAACUCUGGACCCUGGGUGGCCUUCGAGCAAGCCAAUCUGCGCGGGGAGAUGUUCAUCUUGGAGAAGGGCGAGUACCCUCGCUGGGACACCUGGUCCAGCAGCUACCGCAGCGACUGCUUCAUGUCCAUGCGCCCCAUCAAGAUGGAGGCCGAGGACCAUAAAAUCACCCUGUUCGAGUCCGCCGACUUCAAGGGCAACAAGAUGGAGAUCCAGGAGGACGACGUGCCCAGCCUGUGGGCCUACGGCUUCUGCGACCGCGUGGGCAGCGUCAAGGUGUCCAGCGGAACCUGGGUCGGGUACCAGUACCCUGGCUACAGGGGCUACCAGUACCUCUUCGAGCGCGGGGACUUCCGGCACUGGAACGAGUGGUCUGCCUUCCAGCCCCAGAUCCAGUCCAUCCGCCGCAUCAGGGACCUGCACUGGGACCGGAAGGGCAGCCACGACACCCCCGCGACCCCCUCCAACUGAGCACGCUUGCCGCUAGCUGACAUACCCCGGGCCAUGUAGCACCUUGACAUUCCCGCUCCCCUGGGGGCGCACCCCCUUGCUCCCGCGCGCUCCCCGCACCCCCGGCACUUUCCUUGUACAGUGCACACCCCCACUGGAUGUCCUUUACAUUGUGAUGCAGAUUAAAGAGAGUCACGAGAGCCCCGUGGCCCCCUGCGUCUGGUGUGCACCGGGUCGGGCUCCCUUCGCCCCUCGUUCGGAGAUGCCCUCGGGGCAGGUCUUGGGGGGUCGUUCCCCGGUCCGGCGGGUGCCAUAGCACAGGUGCACAGGGGCUAUUGGUGGAGCUUGGCUGCAGGUGGGGUUGGGGGGGGAAAAGCUGGGCCUGGUGUUUGCCCACAUCCUGCUGCCACGCGGCUGCCACGUGCUUCCUGCGCUGGGAGCACGAGAAGCUG